GGUGUCAUGUGAUGCAGACGCUCAAGAAGAAGGUGCCUUCUCAAGGUCAAAGAAGGCCGAUAUAGGUCUUUCAAUGGGCAUUUCAGGGACAGAAGUUGCUAAAGAAAGCUCUGACAUUAUAAUCUUGGAUGAUGACUUCACGUCAGUUGUCAAGGUUGUUCGUUGGGGACGAUCUGUCUAUGGUAAUAUCCAGAAAUUCAUUGAGUUCCAGCUCACCGUCAAUGUUGCUGCACUUGUCAUUAAUGUGGUUGCUGCUGUGUCCUCUGGUGAUGUGCCCCUAAAUGUUGUUGAGCUUCUGUGGGUGAACCUCAUAAUGGACACACUUGGAGCUCUUGCAUUAGCAACCGAGCCUCCAACAGACAACCUUAUGAAGAGAAAUCCUGUUGGUCGAAGGGAACCUCUUGUUACAAAUAUCAUCUGGAGAAACUUGUUUGUUCAGGCCCUUUACCAAGUAGCAAUUCUUCUGCUUUUCAAUUUUGAUGGAGUAAGGAUUCUGCGUCUGCAGAAUGAAAGCCGAUCUGAUGCUGAGAAGAUAAAAAAUACUUUCAUCUUCAACACAUUUGUAUUUUGCCAGGUGGAGUAUUUGUUCUUCAAUAAUUUAAGAAUCAUAACAGAACAUUAGUGGACAAAUCUUGCUUCACCUUUUAGACAAAAACAUACUGACAUUGGAUUGUUCCCAAAAGGAAAGAUCAAUAUUAAGUUGACUAUAAAUUGAUAGUAGUUUUCCCCCAAAAGGGACUAAUGUGUACCCUAGCCUUGAUACUACAUGGAUAUUUUUCUUCACGUAAGGACUCGUUAUAAGCUAUUCA